AUGAUCCUCCCUCACCUCAGUAGCUUUCCUACUUCGGGUGUAUUUCUUUUCUGUGUGCUGAAUAUUCAUAUAAUAUAUUUUUUCCAUCGGGUGCAGCCAUUAUCAUACAGACCAGCGUUUCUUCCGCUUGAUCUAAUCAAAGCUCGCCCAGCAGCAGUCUCGACUCCAUUAGAGAACACGUCGACAAAUACCCCUGCUGAAGAAACUAUAAUCACAAGAUUUGUGAAGCAAUAUGAUGCGGAUUUUUAUACCAAACUUGCAGCAACAGUUGCAGACCUAUGCCAGCAAGCCCUUUUGCAAGAAGGCGUAGUGCACUCCGUUGCCAGUCGAGGCAAAGAGCCCGAAAGCCUACGAAAGAAGCUUGAGGAGCGCGAGCCAAAAAGAGCCCAUCCAUACAGGACUAGCCAAGAGAUAAAAGACGACAUAAUCGAUUUUGCUGGUGUUCGAAUUAUCAUUGAUCACUGGGCAGACCGAGGGACGGUCAAGAAUGCCAUACAUAAGAUUUUCGACGGCAAAACGGACUCCGGUAACCAUAUAAAGGAGAGGUGUCAUGACCAUACACUAGGCUAUCGAGCUGAUCAUUACCUUGUCUACUUAGAAAGUAGCGAACUCCCCGGUCACGAGGAUGAUUUACCUGGGAGAGAGAUGGUUGAGAUACAAGUUCAAUCUACUCUGCUCGCUCGAUGGGCGGAAAGUGAUCAUGACUCACAGUACAAGCCAAGUCGGAAACCGAGUGACGUCCAGAUCAUCGGUCUCAAGGCAGCUCGUCGGCUGGUGGACGUCUUAGAAGACAACUACCCGUGUUUGGAAGACGAUAUGGUUCUUGAAUCAGGGCAGGCCAAAUCACUAAUCAGUAUUCCCGAAGUUGGGCGUGGAGAACUACUGUCAUGGAUCGAAUAUGAUAUUGAGGCUUGGGCCGGCAGCGAGAAUCGAAGGUCCUCUUGUGUCUUAACGGAAUAUAUGAACUCCCAAUAUUCGAGAAGUGACGAAAGUCUUCAUAAGUUCCUGCAAGAUAUGAUUGGAAAUACAUCAGAAGUUGAAUACUCGGCAAUCGCAAAUGAAUACAGCGCGAUCCGGCUGGACCUAGUCAUUUACAUCAUGGAUUGCGAGCUCGUGAAGAAAAUGGAUUAUAAUAUGCCAGAUCUCCUAUCUCGUACUUGUCAACGGGAACAUCUAGACAAGAUCCAUGUGAUUAUGAGCACUAAUAUCUGGAUGAAUGGGCUGUUUUUCCCAACAAGGGGCUGGUAUCGGCUGUUCGUGAGUCAUGAAGACCGGACAAUUCUCCAGAAAGACUUUUCUUCGCUUGCAAGAAACACUCGGCAGAAGUACAUGGAAGAUUUCAAAGACGGAUAUCUACUGAGUGGAGAUAAAGUUGGGGAUCUGAAUGCGCUUUCGGGUUGGUUCGAGAGGCGUUGUGAGCGACCGAUCAGAUUAGUCUUCACAAUAUCCAGGCAAGGGGUGAUUAAAUACAUGUCAUUGGGAAGUAAAGAGCUUUUUAGUGCCCUGGAGCUACUCAUCGUUGCACUGACUGCGCCUGUAUGA